GCGAAGAAUUUUUGACCGCGAGCCAACUUGUCUCGGAGCAGGAUUUUUUCUACACAGCGCAACAGGAAGCUACCUCUUUUUACGAGACCAACUCCCCGGUUUGGUACAGUAUAGCGGCCGGGAAUUGGCAGCUCGUCGGCGAACUGGUGAGAAAAUUAGCGGCCGAUUCGGCCAACGAUCUGCACGUGUGGUCUGGCACUAUCGACGUGCUCAAGCUGCCAGAUCGCAGGGGUUGCCCGAGGAACAUCUAUCUGGCGGAAGAUUCGCAAGGCCGCCAACUGAUACCAGUGCCAAAACUGCUGUACAAGUACGUGUACGACUGUCAUAGGCACCGUGGCUUGGUUCUGAUCACCGUCAAUGACCCGCACCUCGUUUACGGGAUCACCAACGACAUGAUACUCUGCCCGGAGUUGCACGUCUGCCAGGAACUCAACCCAAACUUUCGCAGCGUUAAAAGGGGCUUUACCUACUGCUGCAACCUCCAGGGCUUCGCCCCAAUCGCUCGAGCUCUCGAUCUGCCCACUUUUCCUGGGGCUGCGCCCCUUCAUGCCUAA